AUGGAAGAAUUAAAGGCAGCACUUUCUGUUGAAACAGAUGAGAGAAAGAGAGCAAAGCUAGAGAAAAAGAUGAGCAAACUAGCAAAGUUCAUGAGCAAAAAUGGAGAUUCAGAAGAAUAUGCCAAAGAAGGAAAAUCAAAAAGAAAAAAAGAAACUGGAAUUUGA